AUGAAGAAAAGGUACACUCUGGAGCCUCCAGUGGUCAAAGACUACCUGGUCAAAGGAGACAGGUUCACCAAAUGGUCAGAGGAUUCAACAAAAACUGUUCCUGUCAUCAUGAAGAUGGACUCUAAAGGCUACUACCUCUACUGGACCAACCAAAGCAAGGAGACAACGUUCCUGGAUGUUGCUACCAUCAGAGAUACCAGAACAGGAAAAUAUGCAAAACUUCCUAAACACCCUAAGGUCCGCAAUGUGUUCAACCUGGAUUUUCCAGACAGCAACCACCUGGCUAAAACCCUGACCAUUGUCUCAGGUUUAGAUACGGUUAAUUUGACUUAUCACAACUUCUUUGCCUCCAAGGAGAAAGUGACACAGAACUGGGCGAAUGACAUUCUUGCAAUUGUCUACAAUCCUGCAAGAAACAAUGCAUGCAGACAAAUCUUCCUAGAUAAAAUAUACGUGCGCAUCUCUCUUCAGACCAACAAGGAUGGCAAGAUCCCUGUCAAAACUAUUUAUAAGAUGUUUCCAGCUGAUAAGAAGCGGGUGGAAAGUGCCCUGGCAUCAGCACGCCUCCCUAAAGGAAAGCAUGACACCAUGAAGCCUGACGUGUUCACUGAAACUGCCUUCAAGGCCUUCCUGACAAAUCUCUGCCCUCGGCCUGAGAUCUACGAGAUCUUCACUUCUUACUCCACCAAACCCUACAUGACCAAGGACAACUUUGCCAAGUUCCUCAAUGAGAAACAGAGGGACUCACGGCUCAACGAGGAGCUGUUUCCUCGUCUGCGGCAAGACCAGAUCAAGGCUCUGAUAGACAAAUAUGAGCCCUUAUCCGCUAAUGCCAACAAAGGUCAGAUUUCUCCAGAAGGUCUCCUGUACUACCUGAUGGGAGCAGAGACAUCAGUUAUCAUCCAGGACAGACUGGCCAAGUGUCAGGACAUGACCCAGCCCAUACCCCACUACUUCAUCAAGUCAUCCCACAACACAUACCUGACAGCUGGUCAGUUCUCCGGCGUGUCGUCUCCAGAGAUGUACCGCCAGUGUCUGCUGUCUGGCUGCCGGUGUCUGGAGCUGGACUGCUGGAAGGGCAAACCCCCAGAUGAAGAGCCCAUCAUUACCCAUGGCUUCACCAUGACAACUGAGAUCCUCUUCAAGGAUGUGAUUGAGGCCAUCGCUGAGAGUGCUUUCAAGACCUCGCAGUUCCCUGUAAUCCUGUCCUUUGAGAACCACGUUGACUCGGUGAAGCAACAGGAGAAGAUGGCCAACUACUGCAAAACCAUAUUUGGUGAUGCCUUGUUAACAGAGCCACUGGAGAAAUACCCUCUUAAAGCAGGCCAGCAGAUCCCCAGCCCGUCUGAACUUAUGGGCAAGAUCCUAUUAAAGAACAAGAAGAGCAGCCAUGAGAAACCAAGCCAGGCAAAGAAAAGCACCGCAGCAACCAGUGACCAGACUACAGCCGCAGCCACCCCCACCCCCGCCCCCGUACAGGACCCAAACAGCACCGUGCAGGACCCCACUAACCCAGCACCCACUGCACAGGAGAGCCAAGAGGGGGACGCAGGUGUGGAGGACAAUGAGGAACAAGAAGACACGGAGCAACAGGACGAGGAGAAGAUGAAGACCUCAGAUGAGGGCACAGCUGGACAAGAAGUCAUGGCAUAUGAGGCAAUGUCUUCCCUGGUCAACUACAUCCAGCCCAACAAAUUCAUCUCUUUUGACAAUGCUAGAAAGAAAAACAAGAGUUAUGUCAUCUCAUCUUUUGUGGAGACCAAAGGGGAGGCCAUGAUAUCCAAGACUGCUGUGGAGUUUGUUGAGUACAACAAGAGGCAGAUGAGCAGGAUCUACCCCAAAGGAACCAGGAUGGACUCGUCCAAUUACAACCCACAGCCUUUCUGGAACGUGGGCUGCCAGAUGGUGGCGCUCAACUACCAGACUAUGGAUUUCCCCAUGCAGCUGAACAUGGCCCUGUUUGAAUUCAAUGGGCGGUCCGGCUACCUGCUCAAGCAUGACGUGCUACGGCGAGGCGACAAGAAGUUUGACCCUUUCUGUGAUAGGAUUGACACCAUUGUGGCGAACACACUGACUAUAAAGAUCUAUUCAGGCCAGUUUUUGACUGACAAGAGUGUGAAAACAGGGGUUGAGGUGGAGGUGAUCGGGCUGCCAGGAGACCCCAAGAAGAAAUACCGCACCAAGUGGUCGACCACACCCAAUGCCAUCAACCCAGUGUGGAAUGAGGAGCCCUUUGUUUUUGAGAAGAUCCUGCUUCCAGACAUGGCCUCUCUGAGAAUUGUAGUCCAUGAAGAAAACGGUAAAUUCCUGGGACACAGAAUCCUCCCUGUUGAUGCUAUUCAAUCAGGCUUCCACCACAUCUGCCUGCGCAGUGAGAGCAACAUGCCACUCACACUGCCAGCUCUCUUUGUGUACAUCGAGGUCAAGGACUACAUCCCUGCUGCCUUCGCAGAUUUCACUGAUGCCUUAUUCAACCCAACAAAGGGUACAGAGAAGACCUCAAAGACGCAGGAGUCGUCCUCGGACUACAUCUCCCCCUAUGAGCUACCUCUUGUGGUCCCACCCCCCACUGACAAACCUGGAAUUAAGGACAGUGCUGCAGUCCCACCAGAACCUAAGACCUCCCCGGACCCUGCUGACCAAUCAUCCGAGUCUCCUCAAGAUGCCAGCACAGAGGAGCCCAGCACAGAGGCUGACAACACGUCAGACACUCCCGCUGCAGAUGCUCUUCAAACUUCAGAUGAGACUGCUGCUGAAGACCCAGACCAGGACGCAGCCACUCCUGAAUCCCCUCCUGAAUCCCCUCCUGAGGCAACUCCGUCCCCUGACACUGAGGCCACUCCUGUAUCAGAGCCAGUCCCAGAGCCUGCCCCAGCUCCUGUAGCCGAUGAAGAGCCCGCUGAUGACUCCAGUACAACCCCUGAGCCUGGCCCAGAGGACAGCCCCAGCACAGAUACUACAACUGAGUGUGCUGCUGUGGAUGCGCCCGGUCCAGCGAUUGUGGUUCCUGUCCAACCCAGUGACCCAAGUUCAUCACCUGAGCCUGCUGGAUCAGAUGACUCAUCUCAGCCGACAUCCGGUGGAGAGCUCACCACUGUGACUACUGAAGAGCUGACGCAGCACAAGAACUAUCUGAAGGUCGUCAAGCGUCAGGAGAGAGAGAUGAAGGAAGCGGAGAGAAAGUGUCAGAAGAAAGGAGAAGAUCUGAUUCAGAAAUACUCUGAGUCCUUCAAGGCCCUCAAGAAGAAGGCUUCAGUGAAUAAAAAAGAAGGAGGGAGCAGCGGUUCAGGCUCCACUAACUUGGAGAGGGUGCAGGAGCAGAAGGAAAAGCUGCAGGCCGAGCUGCAGGCUCUGUGGACGGAGCAAUGUGACCAGCUGAAGAAGAGGAAGGAGCAGUGUGCAACAGAGCGGCUGGCCAAGCUGUUGGAGAUGGCCACAGAGAGGCACACCAGCGAACUGAAGACCCUGGAGAGCGAAACUAAAGAAAACAAGAAGAAAGGGCUCACAAAACGCUCAUCUUCUGAAAAGGCGAAGCUUAAAAAGGCAACGAGCUGUGAAAUGUUGGACGAAGCCGCUCCGCCCGAUGCUGCAUCCCCAGAUUACAAUCUUCAGCAAGAGGCUCUGAUGAAGAAACAGGCUGCCACACUGGAGGAGAUCAAAGUCUUGGCUAACCAGCUCAACCAGGAGGCCCUGAAGGGGCACGAGGAGAAAAUGCGAUCUCUGCCGGCUGAGGUGAAGGAGGCCGUCAAUGCCUGUGUCGGCGCCCACUUUCCUGAGCUGGUUGACCAGGGCAAGGACAAGAGGGUGGACGGCGUGGGCUUCUACGGAGACGUUUUCCUGGGUUAGAAGUCCAAACCCUCUGCAGCGCACAUGAAUUUGUGUGUGUAUGUACAUAUGUGCCUUUUACUUUGACUCUAAAACAGCUCCAUGCUUUCUCUGCUCUAAGAAAUAAUGUACAUGUCCUUUGUUAUA